AUGGCAUCGACACUAUUUCUAGCUCUUGCUAUGAAUUCAUUCACUGUCUUUGCCCAGUCCAUGCUACCGUCAUCAUCAACAGAGGCCGAAGCUCUGCUUAACAGUGGUUGGUGGGGAAACACUUCUUCAGCAGAUCACUGCGUCUGGUGCAAGAUACCGUAUACCUUGGGAAAUCUCAGCCAACUUGUCAGCCUUGAUCUCUCAUAUAGCAAUUUUGAUGGUAUUUUACCUCAUACACUAGGAAAUCUCAGAAAACUUGUCAGCCUUGACCUCUCUAAUAAUUUUCUUCAAGGCAGUUUACCUCUUGCACUAGGAAAUCUCAGAAAACUUGUCAGCCUUGACCUCUCUUAUAAUUAUCUUCAAGGCAGUUUACCUCUUACACUAGGAAAUCUCACCCAACUUGUCAGCCUUGAUCUCUCUGUUAAUUUACUUGAAGGCUGUUUACCUUUUACACUAGGAGAUCUCACCCAACUGAAGUACUUUCGCAUGCCUUGGAAUAACAUCAUUGGUUGCAUACCUAGUGAAUUGGGGAAUUUGAAAAAGUUGGUUGUUCUGGAGAUGAUUAAUAAUAAUUUCAGCUGUCCAAUCCCUUCAUCGAUGGGUCAUAUGACCAACUUAAGCCAUUUUCUUCUCCAGUUUAAUAAUCUCUAUGGUUCAAUCCCUCAAGAACUUGGAAACCUUAAGAAUUUGGUUGUGAUGAAUUUGGGGUUAAUAGAUUUUGUUGUUCCAUUCCCCCAUCUAUUGGUAAUUUGA